AUGGAAACUCCUUCACCAACCCUGUCUCCACCACCAUGGGAAGUGCUUGUACUCGUAGCUCACCACCUUGAACCCAAAACCCUAGCCAUAGCUUCUUGUGUAUCCAAGUCAUGGUCAUCUUCUAUGUCCUCUGAUCAUCUUUGGAAACCCAUCUUGGCCAUUCAUUUCCCGUCUCUAUCAACCCUUCCACCACCCGCCGUCCCCUACAGCCGCCUCUUUGCCAUAGCCCACUCUGCCGCCAAGCGCCGCUGCCAAAACCCCUCAAAGCCAAACCUUUUACUCAGCGACCUUGCCUUCGCCAUUUCGAUUUCCACCCACAACUCUCAUGUCAUCUUCACCACAACAAAAACAUGUGACAUGCUUCUCGUGGAUCCCCCCGGCGUGUUCCGGUUCGGGGUUGGCUGCGACGGCAUGGCGGUGAGCGAGGGAUUGGAAGAGGUGAAGAUUGCGUGGAAUGUGAUAUUGAAGGGGUGGAGAGGGGUUUUCACCAUGAUGGAUUGCAAGGGGAAGGUGGGGUUGCUACCUGGUGGCGAGGGUUGGUUCUCCCAAGAGCUUCCGGCACCGGGUUGUUGCUCGAAUGCGGUGGCGAGUGCGGUGGUGGCAGAUUUGAAGUUAGGAAUGUGUGGUUGUAAGGGGAGUGAUGAUGGGAAGGUGAAGGUGAACAAGGUGAACGUGGGGAUUUUGAGUGUUGUAGAUUGGAGGUAUGUUGGUGUGGAAGAUGGUCUUAGGUACUUGCAACAUUUUCUUCUCACUUACAAUGGAUUGUAG